AUCUCACUAUCUAGUUGGGUGCACAAACACCAGAUCGAGAGCAUAUACCAACAUCGCACACUGCCCUUGCAAUUCACAACUAUUUAUAUGGUGAAAUUGGUGCAGAAAUUAAGUUCAGUUCCAUUCCAUCCACCAGUCGGCGUGACACUGCAGAGACACGCUGCACGCUGCCCGCACCGCCGCACGUAAGGAAAGAAGGUAAGAACAUGGCGUGGAAAGCAGCAUUGGCCGCUCUGCUUCUGUUCAUGGUUGUGGCUGCCAACGGCGAGGUCGGCCAUGGUGGCCACGCCGCCGUGCCGCUCAGGCGAAGCCUGGGCCUGGGCUGGAUGACCGGCUUGAAGGGUGGCCCGCCUACCGGCAUGCAGCCAUCAUCAAUCCGUCCUGCUGCAACUGGAGAAGGUGGGAGGCGUUUGAGCAGCGAAGGGGAGAAGUUCAUCCACACGCUGCCGGCCUUCAAGCGACCGCCUAUCCCACCGACGUCUAAUUAAUUAAUCUCACAGCCAUAUUAUAUGCCGGCCUUGAUCGGCCCCGACAUCUCAAAGCUGAAGGACCGAACAAUGUAAGCAGUGUGUUAAAUGGAUGCCAUGCAGAUCGACAUGGUAAUCAUGCAUCUUAAUUUGAGAAUAAACUAUGAGAAAUGGAGAAGUUUGUGUUCGGCUACUUUUGUAAUAUGAUGCAAGCAUGGCAGCAAGCCAGCAACGCCUGGUUCUUUCAAUUACAAAAAAUAAACAAAAUAUGAGAUGUUGUGUAGGAUGAGUUUGUGUUAUCAGUGGUACGGAUCAGUGGUAUAUACUAUAUUCGGAAGUGAAACUUGAAUGGAUUA